GCCCGCCUCCCAGUUCGCAAGGGGGCGUGGGCAUGGAGGCUGCCGGGGACUGCGAGCUGGGGGCUGGCGCCGCUUCCUAGGGCGCGCCGUGGGCUCCGGGGGGGCACGGCCCGGCGCAGCGCGGAUGGCCCUGCUCCCGCGGCCCGCGCUCGCCCUCCUGCCCCUCCUGUUCCUGCCCGCCGCUCUCAGGUGCCAGGAGGAGGCUCAGACCACCGACUGGAGGGCCACCCUGAAGACCAUCCGGAACGGCGUUCACAAGAUAGACACGUACCUGAACGCCGCCUUGGACCUCCUGGGAGGCGAGGACGGGCUCUGCCAGUAUAAGUGCAGUGACGGAUCUAAGCCUUUCCCACGUUAUGGCUAUAAACCCUCCCCGCCUAAUGGAUGUGGCUCUCCACUAUUUGGUGUUCACCUCGAUAUUGGCAUCCCUUCCCUGACAAAGUGCUGCAACCAGCACGACAGGUGCUACGAGACCUGUGGCAAAAGCAAGAACGACUGUGAUGAGGAAUUCCAGUACUGCCUCUCUAAGAUCUGCCGGAACGUGCAGAAGACACUCGGGCUGGCUCAGCAUGUUCAGGCAUGUGAAACAGCAGUGGAGCUCUUGUUUGACAGUGUUAUACAUUUAGGCUGCAAACCGUACCUGGACAGCCAGCGGGCCGCGUGUAGGUGUCGCUAUGAAGAAAAGAGUGAUCUUUGAAGAAGAUGCUGACAGGUGUCGACAGCAGAGGAGGACAGAACAUAACCUUUGAAGAAGAAAGAACGUUUUUAUAGCAUAAAGCCGCCUUACUUUUGUGAAAGGAUUAUUUUAAGAUUUCUUUUGACAUUAAAACUUCAAACUAAAGCCAAAAGUGGGGGAGAUGAUCUUCCUGGACAUUGCUGCCUUCGUGUGCCAAGUUGUCUUGACCAGUCUCGGAAAGAGGUGCAUGUUAAGGGGAGAAUAUUUUAAAAGAAGUUGAGUCUGUAACUCAGCUUUCACAACUGUAUUUACCAAAACAAUGAGGUCAAGUGUAAAAUUGAUUACAGUGUGUGUUCAGCAUUAUCUUAUUUGAAAAUGUGGGGAAAUCUUCACUUAGAAAUAUGUUUAUUACAAAAUUUUAAAUAUAUAUUAUGCCUGAAGGAUCUGACUUUAUUUUUUCUCUAUUUUAAUUAACACACAAGAUGCUGUUUUCCUGUAGCCCAUAGACCAUAUGAAUAAGCCUUACUCUAUUAUUUUAGUUUUGGGUUUUUUUUUUUAAUA